AUGCCGACUACGAUGCCGACGAAACGUCUGGGAAUGUACCACGUCCACGGUCCUACUCUGAAAACGAUGAUGCAUACAAUGGACUCCGGACUAGGACCACAGGAGGCCUGCUUGGCGCGCGUGAUGCGUCAACUUGGCAAAAUUAGUCUUCCAGAAGCUAUGUUUGACAACUCUCAACAAGCAUCACAGGAAGCUGACAGACAAGCCUGGCUUGAGACGCGCUUGUCUGAAGAGGCUCUGCUGAUGCAGUCCCAGCGUGAGGCGAUUCAGAAAGAACAGGCUCGCUUACAUGAGCGUAAAGAGGCGGAAUGGGUAAGUUAA